AUCCCUGAUUCUAAUUACUACUACAAUGUCGAUAUUUUCGUUCUUUCAUAGCGUUUAUGCCUGGGUAUGCUACUUCAUAUUCAUGGUUAGGCACCGUUAUGUUGGAUGGCCGACCAUCAAUAGGAAGACAGGGGAGUUCAGCCGCGAGCAGCAGCCCUUGUUUAAAAAGCUCAAGAUGCUCUUCCUCUUCAAUCCUCUGACAGAGUGGAUUGACGAGACAUCUCAAUACCGAAAGUAUCUACAUGACAAAACAGUUCGCUCGCAAGCCAAGGAAGAGGCUCCCAAGUCGAAGGAAGAUAUUCCUGGGUUCAUCCAACGCUAUCACAUUAAUAUGGAUGAUUUCGAGCCUAGCGUUUGGAAAGAGUAUCCCUCUUUUCAGCAGUUCUUCAUUCGUCAUCAUAAGCCUGGCGCUCGGCCAAUUUAUGCAGAAGAUGAUGGUACUAUUGCUGUCGUGCCCUCAGAUUGUCGUGUAACAACUUACAAUACUGUCGCCGAGACGAAAAAACUUUGGAUCAAGGGCCGGGGGUGGUCCAUUUCGAGACUCAUACACGAUUCUGAACUAGCCCAGUCUUGGACAGAUGGAGCCGUCGGAUGUUUCCGCCUGAGUCCUCAAGAUUAUCACAGAUACCAUUGCCCGGUCAGCGGAGUCGUGGAAUGGGACAAGUUCAUUCCCGGCGAUUAUUAUGGCGUUGACCCAUUAGCUGUGACGUCCAGAGUGGAUAUCCUGGCGGAGAACGCUCGACACUGCGUUUGUAUCAAUAGCGAAGAGUUUGGACGGGUCCUUUUCGUAGCUAUCGGAGCAGAAGAUGUGGGGACGGUGAAGAUCAAUGAGAAAUUCACACAGAAGGGCGCCAAAGUCAGGAAAGGGGAUGAAGUGGGCAUUUUUGAGUUUGGAGGGAGUAGUAUUAUUGUUGCUUUUGAACGCGGCAGUAUUCAGUGGGACGGUGACCUGAUCGCCUGGUCAAGGAAGGGCGUUAUGGUGGACGUCGAAGUUGGUAUGCGAAUGGGAAGAGCGGCUAAGGGGUGAGUUUUCGAGUCGUAUGUAUAUUCGCGAUUUUGUUGCUUGCCUAUCAGGAUAUCUAUCAAGCCAUUGAAAUUAUUUUACGACUGUCUUCAAUGUUGCUCAUUGGCGAUGUAAACGACUCCACACCAUAUUCUCACUCGCACACUUGAACGUGAAUCGUUAUGAUGCUAACUUACUAUUGUUGGGCAAAGACGCUUGGAUAAAGCAUGACCAAUCGAUCACUCUCUUGGAGGUUAUCCAAUAUCUAUGCUCUUGUAGCUUCGCUGAAACAUGUAAACGGUUUCCUUAGUUCUGUUUUCAUUGCUAAUUUUGAGCUGGGCAAAGAA